UUCCACUUUUACAUAUUCUCACUACAUUUUGCGUUUGUGCUGUGAUAGCGGUUGACCUCAAACCACCCACCACUCUUCUUCUGUUCCUUUGUAUUGUCUUUUUUCAAACAAGACAAAAACAAACAUAAACAUAAACAACAACAUAGGGUAACUUCUUUCGAUGCAAAUGCUGAUCAAAAUGAAGGGUCCCCUAGAUCUUGUUUGAUUUCACUGUUGUAUCUCUCACCAUUGCUCCGAGGCCACGUUGCUUUGGGUUGAGGGGACAAGAAAGUGUGAAAAGUGUUGUUGUAUGCAGUUAGUGGGGAGAUGAAUCAUGGAGUCCAGUGAGCAUGAAAGGUCGUCAGUUAGAGAGUUUCAUGCAAAUGGAAGCAGCAUGAGUACAUCUGAAGUUGAGGCUAAGCUUGAUGAAGGAAAUAUUCAAGAGGCGGAAUCUUCGUUGCGAGAAGGGUUGUCACUCAAUUUCGAGGAAGCAAGGGCUCUUCUUGGGAAGUUGGAGUAUCAGAGAGGUAAUGUAGAAGGCGCUCUUCGUGUCUUUGAUGGAAUCGAUCUCCAAGCUGCAAUCCAGCGGUUGCAACCCUCCUUGUCUGAAAAACCACCCGUCAAAAAAGGCCGCCCUCGCACAGAAUCACCUUCUUCAGUCUCUCAACAUGCUGCUAGUUUGGUGCUUGAAGCCAUCUACUUAAAAUCCAAGUCUCAACAAAAACUCGGGAAAUUUGCUGAAGCUGCUAAUGACUGUAAACAGAUUCUUGAUGCUGUUGAGAAGAUAUUUUAUCAGGGUAUACUUGAUUUUCAAGUGGACGACAAAUUGCAAGAGAUAGUCAGCCAUGCAGUAGAGCUCCUUCCAGAGCUUUGGAAACAAGGUGGUUUCUACGAUGAGGCAAUCUCUGCUUAUAGGCGCGCCCUUCUUAGUCAAUGGAACCUUGAUAAUGAUUGUUGUUCAAGAAUUCAAAAAUCGUUUGUUGUUUUUCUUCUGUACAGUGGUGUGGAGGCAAGUCCACCCAGUUUAGCCGUUCAGAUUGACGGUUAUUAUGUGCCUAAAAAUAAUCUCGAAGAGGCGAUUCUGCUGUUAAUGAUUCUUAUAAAGAAGUUUUGUCAUGGUAAGAUAAAAUGGGAUCCUUCAAUCAUGGAACACCUAACUUUCGCAUUUUCUAUAUGUAGCCAAACUUCUAUUUUAGCAAAGCAAUUCGAAGACUUGAUGCCUGGAGUAUACCAUCGUAUUGAUCGUUGGAAUUCUUUAGCUUUAUGUCAUUUUGCAGCCGGACAAAAUGUCAGUGCUUUGAAUCUGCUAAGAAAAUCGUUGCACAAACACGAACGACCGGAUGACCUUACAUCGUUAUUAUUAGCUGCCAAGAUCUGCAGUGAGGAUCCUUAUCUUGCUGACGAGGGAGCCGGCCAUGCACAGAGAGCUUUCAGUAAUGCUCAUGGUCCGAAUGAGCAUUUAAAAGGUGUCGCUCUUCGGAUGUUGGGACUUUGCCUUGGAAAGCAAGCUAAGGUUGCUUCCUCGGACUUCGAGAGAUCUCGGCUUCAGUCCAAAGCCCUGGAGUCAUUAGAGGAGGCAACUAGAUUGGAGAAAAACAAUUCUGAUCUGAUUUUUGAGUUGGCUGUUCAGUACGCGAAGCAUCGAAAUUUGACUGCUGCUUUGCGUUCCGCGCGGCAUUUCUUCAAUGAAACCGGUGGCUCUGUAAUCAAAGCUUGGAUAUUGCUUGCUCUGAUUCUGUCUGCGCAGCAAAGAUUUCCGGAAGCUGAAGUGGUGACAGAUGCUGGUUUAGAUCAGACUGCAAGAUGGGAGCAGGGGUCUCUUCUUAAGCUUAAAGCAAAGCUGAAGAUCUCCCAAUUAAAACCGAUGGAUGCUAUUGAAACUUAUCGCUCCCUUCUUGCAUUGGUUCAAGCCCAGAGGAAAUCGUCAGGGUCUUUCCAAAUUAGUUCAAAGGUUGAAGAUGAUAAAGUUAAUGAAUUCGAUAUUUGGCACGGUCUUGCAAAUUUGUAUGCCAGUCUUUCUCAUUUGAAGGAUGCUGAAAUCUGUUUGCAAAAGGCCAGGGAAUUGAAGGAGUAUUCUGCAGCAAUUUUGCACACUGAAGGUAUUUUGUUCGAAGGACGCGGCCAGAAUAUAGACGCUCUCAAUGCUUCUAUUAAUGCUAUACUAAUUGAACCCAACCACAUUCCUAGCAAAAUCUUAAUGAGUGCUUUGAUUCAUAAAAUGGGUACAAAGGCAUUGCCUGCUGCAAGAAGCAUGCUGUCUGAUGCGCUUAGAAUAGAACCAACCAACCGGAUGGCUUGGUAUUACUUGGGAUUGGUUCACAAGCACGAUGGCCGAAUCGGUGAUGCUGUGGACUGCUUCCAGGCAGCUUCCAUGCUGGAAGAAUUAGAUCCCAUUGAAAGUUUCAGCACUUGUUUUUGAAUGGUUAAUUCUGCAGUCUGCAGUGAGAUCUAUACCAUUAUGAUUUGUAGUUUAUACAAUGGGACACAAUAGAAUCAGUUUUAGGAAAUGUUUUCUUCUUUUCAAAUGAUUCGUUAUCACAAACUAGGCUCAAAGAAAAGGAAAUAAAGUGAGAUUGAGUGAGUUGUAAAGAACUUUGAUCGGCAAGAUUUUAUUGUAGUUCAAUUGCUGCUCAGCCAUGUAAAUGUAUGUUACUUAUUUGAACAGAAUCCGUCUUGUGGCUUGUGAAAGUAGAGAUUCAUUUUCCAACAAUUA